AUGUCUUACAGACGCAAGAAGAGUCUCCUCAUCGGCAUCAAUUAUGUCGGCAGCAGCCACGAACUGAAGGGCUGCCAUUCCGAUGUAGACAACAUGGCAGAAUUUCUUUCCUACCGUGGAUACACAAACUCACACAAAGACCGGGUCAUCUUGACUGAUCGUCCGGAAGUACCAUACGACUCACCCUACUUUCCUACAGGCCACAACCUCCUCGCAGCCAUGGAUUGGCUAGUUUCAGAACCUGGUUGCACGCUAUUUCUGCACUACUCUGGCCACGGCGGACAGAUUGCAGACGUAGACGGCAACCGGACUACGGGUAUGGAUGCUUCGAUCGUUCCUGUGGAUUUUGAACAGCGAGGUCAGAUCUCCAGUACCAUUCUACACGAACAUCUUGUCACGUAUAUGGCGCGUGAUUGUACACUCUUCGUCGUUAUGGACUGCUGCCACUCCGGUAGCGCGCUCGAACUACCUUAUGUCUACCGCUCUGACAGCGAUGGUCAAAUCAGUUUGAUGGAUAACCUGAAAGCUGGGCUUACGCUCGCAAACGAAGCUCGCGACAUCAUCUCCGGUGGCUUCUCCUAUAACAAAGUCGGUGAAGCGAGGGAGUUACUUGCAGGCGCCAGCACCUUCUUCAAAGGUCUGAAACAUUUUGGGGAAGAAGAGGAGGAAGGAUUGGAAAGCGGAGAAUUCGCGGGACAGUAUGGGAGCGAACGGAAGAUGGUAACUAUGUUUUCUGGCUGUAGAGAUGACCAGACCAGCGCCGAUGCGCGUAUUCAAGGAGAGCCUACGGGCGCUAUGACAUGGGCGUUCCUGGAAAUGAUGAAGAGCAGUCAGAAUCCGAGUUACGCAGAGACACUCAAGUUCAUAAGGAAGACGUUGGAUGAGAGUGACUACAAACAGAUUCCGCAGCUGAGCUCGGGAUUAGAUAUCGAUCUGGAUGAGAUGGCUUUGGUACUUUGA